CCUUCAAGUUCUUGGCACAACCAACCCGACCGGAGGAGAGGGAGAGGAGGAGCCGGGCAUAUUCUCCCCUCCGGUGCUCCCUCCAGCGGUCCAGCCGCAGCGCCCUGAAAGCGACCGCCAACCGCAGGAGAGGGAGGCGCUCCCACUCUUCUUCCUCGCCGAGCACUCGCUGUUCAGGUUCAUGGAGAGAUGCAGCCUGGGUGCCAGCGUGGUGGCUCUCCUACUCUUGCUGUCUGGUGCUUCUCAUGGAAGAGAGCUGCCUGUCGAGGAUAGUGACCACAGUUUUAUCUACAAUCAUACUCUCGCAAAGACUCUUGUGGAAUAUGCAUCAGCGGUGUAUAUGACAGAUUUAACUUCUCUGUUUACGUGGACAUGUUCAAGAUGCAAUGACUUGACUCAAGGUUUCGAGAUGAGGUCUCUAAUUGUUGAUGUGGAGAACUGCUUGCAGGCAUUUGUUGGUGUAGCUCAUAAUCUGAAUUCGAUAAUCGUUGCAAUCAGGGGAACUCAAGAGAACAGUGUACAGAAUUGGUUAAAAGACUUGAUAUGGAAGCAGCUUGAUCUAAGUUAUCCAGGCAUGCCAAAUGCAAAGGUGCACAGUGGAUUUUUCUCCUCAUAUAACAAUACAAUUUUGCGUCUAGCUAUCACAAGUGCUGUGAACAAGGCAAGAAAAUCAUAUGGAGACAUCAAUGUCAUAGUGACAGGCCACUCGAUGGGAGGAGCUAUGGCUUCUUUUUGCGCGCUCGAUCUUGCUAUGAAGCUUGGAAGUGACAGUGUUCAACUCAUGACUUUCGGGCAGCCUCGUGUUGGCAAUGCUGCAUUCGCCUCAUGCUUUGCCAAAUAUGUACCCAACACAAUUCGAGUGACACACGGACAUGAUAUCGUGCCACAUUUGCCACCUUAUUUCUCCUUUCUUCCCCAUCUGACAUACCACCACUUCCCCAGAGAGGUAUGGGUCCAGGAUUCUGAUGGCAACAUAACUGAAAAGAUUUGUGACGACAGCGGUGAAGACCCAGAUUGUUGCAGGUGCCUCUCCAUGUUCAGCUUGAGGAUUCAGGAUCAUUUCACUUACCUAGGAGUCGAUAUGGAAGCGGACGAUUGGAGCACUUGUAGAAUCAUUACAGCUCAAAGCGUUCGGCAAUUCCGACGGGAGCUAGCCAGCAACAUCAUCAUGACAAAGCAUGAUAUCGACGUUUCCAUUGUUGAACCUAGUGUACAAACAGAUCGGAGCAGUUCUAGUUAGCUGGAGCAUUCCUUUUGUCCAAAAAGAUUCAGAGAAGAAGCAGCCUCUUCUUAAUGUAAUAGAUUUGUUCAGCGAAGAAGGCGAGCCUUGUUUUCUCUAUUAUAGUCCAGCCAGAUUGGGAUGCUUUUUUAGAUAAAGGAAAUAAAUCCGGUUUCAUCUCUUGUAACAAAGAGAAUCAGAGACCAUGAUGUAAACAUGUAGACUGUAGGUAUGUACAUAAGAAAGGAAGGAAGAUCAUAGACACAGUGUAUGUUGGAUGAUGAUAGGGAUUGCUUCUGUAAAUAUAUAUACACGGUGUAUGUAAACUUGCAAUAACACAGAAUGUGGCUGUACAGGUAGAUAUACAGAUGGACCUGAUCAAGGUCAACGCGCUUUUGCGAUGUG